AUGAAUCGUUACGAGUCCGUGGUGUUCUUUGAACGUACUUCCAAGAGAUCAAUGAUGAAAGCCAAGCUCAAAAGAUUGACAAAAUAUCUCAAGUCAGGAAUUCUCAGAUGUUUUUCCGAUAGGAUAAACUAUUUCUCCACUAAACCACAUCAUGGUAGUUUUGAUGAAUUUGAUGUAUCUGAUGGAUCUGGAUCCAUAGUUGGAAGAUCAACAGAGAGUCUUGCUUUGAAGAAAAUCAUGGAAAUCACUGAUGCUAUGGUUGAUGCCUCGCACUCAAUGCCACAUCUCGGAGCUAUACUCAUGGAGUACUCUGAACCAAGAGUAGAUCCCCAGCUUGUGGAUAUUGGCGCAGACUAUUUGAUGUAUGAAAGGUAUUUAUGCUCUAUUGGGUGCAGUUCAAGUGUUCAGGGGAUGAAAAGUGACAGUUUGGAUGCUGAGCAUGGAAGUGUCGAUACUAGUUACAGGAGUAUGGACAAUUACACCGCUGAAACUCUGCCGAGUUUGAUCAGUUUCAAAAGUACCGAAACAACUUACUAUGAUAGUAUAUAA